AUGAUUUACAUUUUUGUGUCUUUAUUUCACCUUUCCAGUGCAGCUGUUACUUUAAACUGCUCCCCACAGGAUGACUUUGAUCUGCCAGUGUUCAUGACUAGUGGAGACUUCACAAUAGGAGGAAUGUUUCCUUUACAUUAUAGAGUAGAGCUUCCUCCAACAGACUACAUAAAGAGACCUUUAGCAGCACAGUGUCGAGGGUUUGAUCCAAGAGCUUUCCGCUGGGCUCUCUCUAUGAAGCUCGCAGUGGAGGAGAUAAACAACAGAAAAGACCUCCUGUCAAAUCAUACACUGUCUUACAGAAUUUUUGACUCUUGUUCCACUCCUGUGACUGCUCAGAAAGCAAUCCUGGCAGUACUGAAUGGAGGGGAUGUUGUUCAGAGUUCUAUGUGCUCUGGGGCUGGCCCCUUAUUAGGAUUAAUAGGGGAAUCUGGAUCCUCACAGUCCAUUGUUCUCUCCAGAACUGUGCAACCCUUCCAAAUACCCAUGAUAAGCUAUUUUUCAACCUGCUCUUGUCUAAGUAAUCGGAAGCAGUUCCCAACAUUUUUCAGAGUGGUUCCCAAUGAUGAUUACCAGGUCAAAGCUAUUGCACAACUCUUAAAAAGGUUCGGCUGGACAUGGAUUGGUAUGGUGACUGAAGACCAUGACUAUGGCAGGUUUGCUUUACAAGGCUUAAAGCGGGAAAUUGAAAAUACUAACAUUUGUCUGGCCUAUCAUGAAAUGAUCCCUAAAGACUAUACCCAGGAACGAGUCCUAAAGAUUCUUAAAGUAAUGAAGGAAUCCACAGCUAAGGUAGUUGUUGUUUUUUCAGUAGAAGGGGAAUUUUAUCCUUUCUUAAGAGAGUUUAUGACUCAAAAUAUCACAGGAAUUCAAUGGAUUGCAAGUGAGGCUUGGGUUACAGCUUCAAUGUUAGCAGAAACAUAUCCAUUCUUAGAUGGCACAAUUGGGUUUGCAAUACGUCAAGGCCACAUCCCAGGUCUUCAGAAUUACCUCAAAACAGUGACCCCAGAAAGGUACCCUUCUAACCUUCAAGUUCAGGAGUUGUGGGAGGCUCUCUAUGGUUGUUCUCCCUCCACAACCAGCUUGAACAGUACCAUUGUACCUGUCUCUGUGUGCAAUAAUAACUGUGCCCCAGGAUUCAGGACUGCUGCCCGUCGUGGGCAACCUCUGUGCUGCUUUGACUGUGUUCCAUGUGAGAGUGGCAAGAUCAGUAAUCAGACAGAUUCGAUAGAUUGUAUGCCAUGCCCUGAAGACUACUGGUCCAAUGCAAACGGAACAGUGUGUGUCCCAAAAGUUGUGGAGUUUCUCUCCCAUGAUGCAAUGGGCAUCACCCUGACUGUGAUAGCUGUUGUCGGAGCCUUUCUGACUGUCACAGUGUUGCUGAUAUUUUUGUACAACAGAGGAACCCCUAUAGUCCGUGUGAAUAACUCAGAACUCAGUUUCUUCAUCCUACUGUCCUUGACUCUGUGUUUUCUAUGUGCUUUGGUGUUUAUUGGGGAACCUACAUCCUGGUCCUGCAUGCUGCGACACACUGCCUUCAGCAUCACUUUCUCUCUCUGUAUCUCCUGCAUCCUUGGCAAGACUUUAGUGGUUUUGGCAGCUUUUACAGCUACCCGACCUGGAAACAAUAUAAUGAAAUGGUUGGGCCCCUCACAGCAGAAAAUAAUCAUCUUCUGCUGCACUCUGGUCCAGGUGAUCAUAUGUACUGCUUGGCUUACAAUAUCCCCUCCUUUCCCCUAUAGAAACACUAAAUAUACACAGUCCAAGAUCAUCCUGGAUUGCAGUGUGGGCUCUGAUCUGGCCUUCUGGUGUGUACUGGGAUAUAUUGGCCUUUUGGCCUGUGUCUGCUUUUUUCUUGCUUUUCUGGCACGUAAGUUGCCAGGCAAUUUUAAUGAGGCCAAAUACAUCACCUUCAGCAUGCUUAUAUUUUGUGCAGUGUGGCUAGCAUUUGUACCUGCAUAUGUCAGCCAACCUGGUAAAUUUACAACUGCUGUGGAGAUUUUUGCUAUUUUAGCUUCUAGUUUUGGCCUCCUUCUCUGCUUAUUUGCCCCCAAAUGUUACAUUAUUUUACUGAAGCCUGAGAAGAACACCAAGCAACAUCUCAUGGGAAAAGUUAUUAAAUGA